AUGGCCAGCCAGAAGGAAGAAACAGGUUUUAGGUUACAGGUGUGCCUCCUGGAAGCAGUUGCAUCCUUUGGUACAGCAAUGCUGGUUGUCGUCUGCCUUCCUCAAUUUGACAUCCUGACCAACGUGUUCAUUUCCAACAGCGUUUAUCUCGUCCCAUCGGUUCUACAAGUGAUCUCUUUGAACAUCAGCCAUCGGUUCAAAGUCACAGCUCCUCUGGCUGGGCUGCUCAUUCUCUUGUGUGCCUAUGGUCUCUUCCUAUUUGUCCAGAUGUUUUAUCUAAAGAAACAUGAUGUGGUGUACUUGGGUUUGAUUAUAUUAUUCUCAGUUAUAACUUCCUUAACCUGGUGGGAGAACUUUAUCUCAAAUUGGAAGCAUCCAAUGUUUAGACAUCUGAGAUAUGACUUGGAUAAAUCCAGGAAUAUGUUGAGCCUGUGUAUCAGUGUAGUGAGAAUUGUUGUCACUGCUUGUGUUGUAGGAGCUUUGAUACCCAUUCGAGAGUUGGAGUGGGCAACUAUCAGUGAUGUUGCAUCUCAUGAAAUCAGAAUAAUCCUGGGCCUUUUUGGAGUGCAGGCUGUGGCAUCAAUGCUUUGUUCCUGGUUUGGGGGUGUUGCGUGUAAGGUCCAUGCAGUGAAGCGAAGUUUUGGUCUUCCUUUGAUCCUAAGUUCUCCUGUCAUGCUCACCUUUCUCUUGGUAGUUUUCAGAAUUCAUUACAAUGAGUUCCUGCAGACAAACAAUAAUUUUAAUAUCUCAGAUUUCUGUGCCAAUUCCAGAACUGCGGUAAAUGAAACAGUUAGUGUAGAUAUCCUCUUUUCAGAAAUCAUUCGCAGUAUCUGCGAGCAGGGAGAUUUAGUAAACAUGGUCAGCGUUGGGUUAAUGGGAGCUGCUGGGGCACUCUGGUGGGUUGGACUCAUUUUCACAACAAUCUACGUGUGGACCCAGAAUGUCAAAAGAAUACAACGGACAUCAGAGACCUUUGUUCGGAGAAUCUAUGGAGCUGCCUUUCUAGAACAAUCCAUGCUUCUGAACAAAAGAUUCCACAUCAGUCCACAGAACACAGAGGAAAGCAACCCAAGGUUGGACAGAUUCAGUGAAAAGCGAUGGAAGGCUUUGGAUAAAAGUGAUGACAUCUUUGACUUUGAAGUCCACAUUAUGUUCGAUGAUGCUUUCAGGAAUGUUACAGCUAAAGAGGUGGGCACCAGAAAGAGAGUUAUCAAUGAAUAUGUGGAGUCGCUCAUCAAAGCAAUAGAUGAAAACUACAGAAUAUUCCAAACAACCACCUCCAGAAGCUCUUCAGAUAAAGAUGAAAAUGGUGCUUCAGGAACAAAAGUGAUCUCCACUCCCUAUGGAGGACGACUCUCGUACACCUUACCUCGUGGAAAUGGUCUACACGUCCAUCUGAAAGACACGGAGUUUGUUCAGAACCGGAAAAGAUGGUCACAGGUGAUGUGUAUGUACUAUGUGCUGGGCUGGAGACUGUACAGGAAACACUUUAUAUGCCAACAUCUACAUCCAGAGGAUGGAACUAAAAUUCUUGGAAGGUUGGAGACUGAGAAAAAGAACACGUAUAUUUUAACUCUGGAUGGGGACAUUGAAUUCCAGCCAUCUGCUGUAACUCUGCUGAUUGACAGACUCAGAAGGUACCCUAAAGUCGGAGCUGCCUGUGGGCGAGUACACCCAGUCGGAAUAGGUCCUAUGGUGUGGUACCAGAAGUUUGAAUACGCUGUUAGUCACUGGCUCCAGAAGACAUCCGAACACGUGCUGGGUUGCGUGCUGUGCAGUCCAGGCUGCUUCAGCUUGUUCAGGGCAACAGCUCUAAUGGAUGACAACGUACUGAAAAAAUAUGCAAUGAAGCCCACGACUGCAGUGGAGCACCUCCAGUAUGACCAAGGUGAAGACCGGUGGCUUUGCCUCCUGAUGCUGCAGCAGGGCUGGCGAAUCGAGUACUGCGGAGCUUCCGACUCGUACACCAACGCCCCUCAAGAAUUCAAGGAGUUCUUCAACCAACGGCGACGCUGGGACCCAUCAAAAAUCGCAAAUAUCAUUGAGCUGCUGGGUAAUGGAUUUGAAACUUCAAGGAAAAACCCAUCUGUUUCAAGACCAUUUCUUCUCUACCAGAUCCUGUACUUGAUGGCAACUCUAGUGGGGCCAUCCACUGUCUGUUUCCUUAUUGCAGGUAAAAUGAAAUAAACGAUUGCAGUUUGUUUUGCUCUGUGCUUGAUCGUUUCAGUCAUCCCUCCAAUAAUUUACCUAAUCGUCUGCUACACGACAACUCCCAAUACUCAGAUCAGAGUGACUGCAUUCUUUACCGCUGUUUAUACCCUUGCCAUGAUUGGUGGAGUUCUUGCUGCAUUUGGCAUGAUAAUCAGUGAUGGAACAUUCGUGUCACCAAUUGGUAUUUUCAUUACUUCUCUGGUACUGCUUUAUUUCAUCAGUGCACUGUUGCACCCAACUGAAACAUCCCUCGUUAUAUAUGGAUUCCUCUAUCUCCUUUGCAUUCCUGCGGCGUCAAUGCUGCAACCAAUUUAUUCAUUGGCAAACUUGCACGUCACAUCUUGGGGAACCAGAGAGAAGAAACCAAAGCAGCAAAAUGGAAGUUCACAGAAUGAUCAGCACCUGAGAUAUCAAAGAGGUCGUUGGCACUUUGAAUGUACAAUUCGUUGUCAAAAAGCUCAGCAUCCCACCAAAGGAACAUUUGAAAAGAAAAGUGAAACAGAUGAAGUCACAGAGAAGCUGCAAUCACCAGUAGAAAACUGUUGGCUCUCUGAGUUGAAAAAGACAACACUCUUUACUGAAGAUUCCCUGGAAGAAGAUGAAUCCUUAUUUUGGAGUAAACUGAUACAGGUGUAUCUGAAGCCCCUCUCUGAAGAUAAAUAUUAUUUGAAAACAAUCAAGAGGGAACUUCUGACUCUCAGGAAUAAGGCUCUCUUCCUGUAUUUGAUGAUUAAUUUGUUAUGGUUAGUAGGAUCAUUUCUCCUACAAUUAGUUACUGAUGGAAUCGUCAGCCCAAAACUCGCACACAAUGGAACUGUUGUGAAGAACGAAUAUCUCAAAAUACAACCACUGACGUUCGUCUUUCUCGCCAUCUUUGCAUUUGUAAUCUUUAUACAGUUUUUGGCGAUGCUGUACCACAGAGUCUAUACCUUCAUCCAUUGGCUAUCACACAGUUCAACAAAUGCAUCUCAAUCACACAACAAAGAGAUUCUGACUAAAGCUAUGGAAGAUGUUAAGAAACAACAACCAAAAGAAUGCUACUGA